GUUUUUUUUUUCUGGGGGCUUAAGGCCAUCAGUUUCAUUUUCGGUGGAAACGAAGCCAAUUGCGCGCAUGAGAUGCCGUCGUCUCUCUCCAAGCCCUCCGCCGUAGAUGCGCCCUCCUCGCCGUUGCAGCCGGCAAUUUCUCCUCUGCCGCCGGACAACUCGGAGGCCGAGCGCCGGCUCCGGGAAGCGGAGGAGAGGCUGCGCGAUGCCAUGGCUGAGCUCCAGAGGAGACAGCGCUCGGCGGCGCGUGGAUCUCACGCUGGCCUCUGCGAUCACGCCGACGUUUCCUGUGUCGCCAACGCCAUCGGCAAUCUCUGCCAGAGUUUCCUUCUCUCCUAUGGCGUCAGAGUCGGGAUCGGGAUCCUUCUUCGCGCUUUCAAGCUCGCGAGGGGGCAAUCUUACUCAUCGCUUCUUGAUCUGAAGCAACUUGUCUCGGAGAAAGAUCUGAUAGUCAGAGAAGAAGCAUGUCGUAUUGGUUUGCUGUUUGGUGGAUUUACCGGCUCUUAUCAUGCACUUAGAUGCUUGUUAAGAAAGUGGAGGAAGAAAGAGACCCCAUUGAACGCAAUUUUAGCAGGUUCAAUUGCAGGUUUGUCUGUCCUAUCGUUAGAUGAUUCCAACAAGCGACGCACACUGGCUCUGUACCUCUUGGCUAGGUUAGCUCAGUGUGCCUAUAAUUCUGCAAAAUCGGAAAACAAGUUCCACCUGUGGGGAAGCCAUUGGAGACAUGGGGAUUCUUUGCUUUUUUCUGUUGCAUGCGCCCAGGUUAUGUAUUCCUUUAUAAUGCGUCCAGAAACCUUACCGAAAUCAUAUAGAGAUUUUAUUCAGAAGACUGGUCCAGUUGCACAGCCCGUUUACAAGGCUGUAAGAGAAACCUGCAGAGGUGGUCCGAUUGAUUUAGCCUCCUUGUCGGCUUAUAUUUCUAGUAGAAACAAAGCCAAUGACGUGAAGUUGGAAGAGUUCCCGUCCAUCAUCCCUUGCUCGGUUAUUCAUCCAGACACCAACUCGUGUCUAGCCCAUAAUGCUAAUGCAAUGUCAGCUACAUUCAGGAAAACAUUUCCAUUGUACUUUUCCCUGACUUUUGUCCCAUAUGUUGUUCUUCACUUACAAAAGUUCAUGGAUGCUCCUUACCGAACAUCUUGGCAAGCUGUCAGAGAUGCAGUUCGGUCGACCUCCUUCUUGUCUGCUUUUGUCGGGUUUUUUCAGGCUGCCAUAUGUUUACACAGAAAAGCAGCAUCAAAGGAUCACAAGCUCGUAUAUUGGUUUGCUGGCGGAUUUGCUGCUCUCUCCGUCUUGUUGGAGAAAAAACCACGACGGUCAGAGCUCGGUCUAUACGUUCUUCCCCGAGCGGCGGAUUCUCUCUGGUAUAUCUUAAUCAACCAUCACCUUCUUCCCGAUAUUAAAAACGCCGAGGUACCGUUGUUCUGUGCGUGCAUGGGAGGAAUUAUGUACUAUCUAGAAUACGAGCCCGACACCAUGGCUCCGUUCUUGAGGAAACUUAUCCAUAGGUUCCUGGCCAGCCAAAUAAGCAGCCCGGGCAAUACGUACGGUCACAGCUCGUCCUAUACAUAUCUCCCCGCUCUCGAUGCAGCGAAGAAACUGAAAUUGCAGCAGGAGACCCAAGAAAGUGCAACUCCGAAAGAAAAAUACAACCUUGAGUCCAUUUCCGGGCUCUAAAUUGUCGAUAUGGUCACAUACAUACUCCGAUGGCGAAAUGUUCGGAGUUUUAGGUUUUUGGUCUCUGUUUCUGUGGUUGUGAUUCAUGGUCUGUGGUUUUGGUGGAAAAAGGAAGGGUUUUUCGGUGCUGCUGAUUGUGGAAGUUCAGCUUCCGGUUGGUUUUGGCACUGAAAAUGGAUGAAGAGAGAGGAGUUUGGAGAAAUUAUGUGCAAGGCUUUAAAUGUAACCCGUAACCAGCAUCAUCUUCUCGUGGCAUUAUCAAUGGAUUCUCUUCUAUAUGGAAAAAUUACCCCUAGUUAUCAAUCUAAUUGAAAGGCAAGAGCAUGUAAUUAUUAGGACAAACGUAUGAUUGGUUUCUAAUAAUGAAGUCAAGGAAUGUAAUAAUGUUUUUUUC